CGGAAUGAGCACGUGCUUCCGCGAGAGGUCCCUCUGUCAAGUCAGUGCGCGUUGUUGUCGCUGCUGCUGCGCGCGCGUGUAGCCCCUUUAAAUCGCGCCCACACCGCGAGGCUUUCACGAGCGAACACGGCCCCGGUGUUCGGUGUUUUUGAAGAUUUUUUUUUCUUUUUGUUCACUCUAUCCUUCGCGCUUAACCGGAACCUGCACUCGAAUUGAGCACGCCUAAAAGCAGGGUCAUGACGCUGGAAGCGAUCCGGUACCGGGCCGGGUCUCUGCAGAUCCUCAACCAGCUGCUGCUGCCGCGAGAGACCGUGUACGAGGAGAUCCGCUCGGUGCAGGACGGAUACGAGGCCAUCAAGAGCAUGAAGGUGCGUGGUGCUCCUGCAAUUGCCAUAGUGGGCUGCCUGAGCCUGGCAGUGGAGCUGCGGGCCGGUGCCGGGGGUGAGGAUCCCGUGUCCUUCAUCAGGGAGUCUCUGUGUCACCUGACCUCGGCACGGCCCACCGCUGUCAACAUGGGCCGAGCAGCACGAGAGCUAAUGGAGUUCACCGAGAACGAGAGCAUGGAGAAAAGCGGAGAGCAGCUCAGAGAAACUGUAAUUGGUUGGAUUGAGGAGAUGCUGGAACGAGAUGUUAACGAUAACCGGAAAAUUGGUAACUAUGGAGCCCAGCAUAUCCUGUCCGGCGUGCCAAGAGACUCGGUCACCAUCCUCACACACUGCAACACGGGCAGUCUGGCCACUGCCGGAUACGGCACUGCUCUCGGUGUGGUACGAUCGCUGCACGCUCUGGGGCGUCUGAAGCGGGUGUACUGUACAGAGACGAGGCCGUAUAACCAGGGAGCCAGGCUUACAGCGUAUGAGGCCGUGGCCGAGGGAUUCCCUGCUACGCUCAUCACAGACAGCAUGGCCGCUCUCGCCAUGAGGGAGAAAGGCAUCACAGCCGUCGUUGUUGGGGCAGAUCGGGUGGUGGCUAACGGUGACACGGCCAACAAAGUGGGCACCUACCAGCUGGCCAUUGCUGCAAAGCAUCAUGGGAUACCGUUCUACGUGGCAGCUCCCAGCACGUCAUGUGACCUGAGUCUGGAGAGUGGGAGAGACAUCGUGAUUGAAGAGAGACCACCUGAGGAGCUCACCAGCAUCAACGGCAUCCCUGUCGCUGCUCCAGGUAUUGAUGUGUGGAACCCGGCGUUUGAUGUCACUCCUCAUCAGCUGAUCACGGGCGGGAUCAUCACCGAGCUCGGAGUGUUUCUGCCGUCUGAGCUGCAGGCCGCUCUCACCGGCCGCCUGACCGCGCUGUAGAGUCCAAGCCGCCCCCCGCAGGGCACAGUGUGUUACUGCACCUUCACUACUGCUUCACAGCUCACACCUUCAUUCCCAUUACUUCACACAGGGUGGAAAUCUCACCUUGGUUAAAAAUAUACUCUCUCUAUCUCACACACACACACACAUGCAGAGUAAAGUGAAAAUUACAACACGAUGAUACAUUUUCCACAGCCGUACAACCACCGGAAACGCUUCGAAAUCACACAUACACAGACACGUAGACACCAACCACGCCGUUUCAGGUCUGUGUAUAAUGCAGCUUUCUGCCGUCCGUGUUCUCUGUUUAUGUUUAUAAAUAUUCUUUAAACGUCCUUCCCUUCUUUCCCCUUUCUCGCUCAGCUCCAGUCCUUACUGAACGGCGUGUCCCGGAGCUCGGCUCUAGCGAGGGCGUCUCGUUUUCUAACCGAUAUUCCCGAAGAAAACUAAAGUCAGUUCAUUUUGUGAACGUCUUUCUUUUUAAAGUGUUAAUUAACGGAUUAGCGUGUUGGCAUAGAAUUCAAUUUUAGCUCCAUAAAACAAGGGCUAUCCUGUAGUGUACAUGUACAGAAUCAGCCGUGAUGUCUGCUGAACAAAAACUGACCCUCUGACUCAUAAAUUAGAUAUAGAACUGUUAUAGAAAGUUAUUUCCAUGUGAAGCGCACCGAGGGCGUCCCCACACCAGCACCGGUCACUCAUUCUCAGUAUUACAAACCUAGUGGAUCAGUUUCAACACAAAACAGGGACUUGUCCAGGAUCUGUGGUGUUCCUCAGAAGGUCCAGGAUCCAUCAUGGGUGCAAAUCUGAUAUUUGGAGCUCUUACAAGAAAAUGUGGGUUCUGUGGAAUUUUCCUGCUCCCCAGUGUGUUGCGUUCAUCUGUUUAAAAAAAAAAAUAAUAAUAAUAACAAUGAUAUUUUGACUUAUUAAUGUUUCACCAAACAUAUAAAAUAUUCCUAAAUCUGUGUCAUGUCAGCGGCUCUACAGACUCCACCCAGUUUAAGGUUUCUCAAACCGUAUUCUGCUUUCAUGAAGGAUCAGCGUCUGUAGAAAUACCAAUCUGAUUAAAACAUUCUUAAAUCACAGAACCUGGAAAACCCUGAUGUGUUCAGCCCUUCCUGUCCUCCUCCUUUCAUGACGCGCUCUUGCUCUUUUUAAAAACCCACUUAAUGAUCCGUAUUAUCAGCACUCGCUACUUUGGCUACUAAAGCCGAUUUACCCAGUAAUCACUGAGACGCAUCUCUUCAAGGUCGUUCAAGAGCGAUGAUUAAAUUUCAGCCUGGAGAAGAAUCUGAAGGGAAGCAGAGGUGAAAUAUCACAGCUAAAUUAUUAAAGCCAAAAAAAAAUGUUAACGUCUCGUUUUCAUAUAAGAACAAAAGAUGAACGCAACGUACACUGCCUCAUACACACCUCCUGCUAAUCUACGAUGAUCUCAAACUACUACACACUUCUCCUCAUCUGCUCCCGAAAUAUUUAGCGCUAAAUAAAUGGCCAGAGCAAGUCUUAUUUCAGAAUGGAAAUUACCCAGAAUGCCACUCUGUAUUAAUAUUCCAGCCCGAAUUCUGCUGUAUCUGAAAUUUGAAAUAGACUUUUGUGUUUAAAACCCGAUGAAACUCCUAAACUGUCCUAUAACACGGUUAUAUAACGUGAGCCGAUCUUACGUAAGCGUGUAAAUAGCUAGCGGUAGUCGUAGCUGGAGUGAGUAAACGGUGCUAUGGAGCUAGACGUUACACUAUACCUCACUAGAUUACCCAGAAUCCUCUGUUCCUGUUGCUUAUAGUCGCUUUUCUUCUGUUCUCCUCAGUGAGGUCUGUGAUGUCUCGCCAUAAACACACACUUAGGAGGAGUCUCGCCAUCCUAGCCUGGGCCUUUACUCAUUAUACCGCACAGGAAUGGAGCUAAUGUCGGAGAUCGCUAGUUGUUGAGCGAUUGGUGAAAAAACAAGAGAGGUUAUUCUGGAAGGUCAACAUGUUCCUCAGAUGUGUCGAUGAAUUGCUAAGAAAAGGCUCCUUGUAGCUAACGUUCCUGCAUAAUUACGUUUAGCAUCAGUCGCCAACAGAAUUUUCUCUCCUACCAUCAUCAAAGUGGUGGGAAAAGGUAUCAGAAAUUGUGUAAAAUGGAUGAGAAAAUUUACUUCUUCUGAGUGAGUAAACACAGCAAGCAUAUCAUUUAAAAGAAGUAAACAUCGUGAGGCGAUUAGCAUCCAGGUUGAACAAAUCGAAAUGAAUGGAAUAUCUACAGACACUUUGAAGCUAAUUUUGUCUAGUAAACGUCGUCAUGCUAGCUAGCAACAUUAGCUUUUGUUCAUUAGCUUAGGCACACACGCUAGCAACGAAUGUCUUGCCAGCUAGCAGGUGCAUCGGGAUCAUCAGCAUUUUGGUCAGAUCCCGAUCGCGACUCCAAUGUUACUGAAUGUAGCAGAGCCACUUCACCUCACUGCCACCAGCAGAAACCUUCCAUUAGCAUUGCCGGUAUUCUUUAGCAUAGCAGCAAGGAGAUCGCUUUCUUAAGGAAAAGAACAAAAAUAAAAUAUGAUGUUAGGUGCCAUAACAAUGAACUGGAUGAUCAGAGAGGCUGUGAAUUAUCGUUUUAUUUUUUUCCCCAAAACAAUCCAGUCAGUUUGGUCAUGUUUUAAGGCAGGAAAGUGAAAGUUUGUGAGGAAAGUGAGGAGUGGUCUGUGUUACUCUGCACCAGUCCAAUCCAGCAAUAAAUGAAAAUCUGUCCCAUUUCUUUACGAUAGACGAGUCAAGUAAAGCAGCUAGUCGUUAAAGGUCGUUUUUUUUGGACGAUGUGAAGGAGUGUCGAUGAAGAGAACAAGACAGUGUAAUCAGAAAUAUCGACAUCUUGCUCAGAUUUGUCGAUGAAUUAUUCAGAUAAAGCUCUGUACAGCUAAAUGUAGAGGUUUUAACGAUAUGAAAAGAAAAAAAAAGGUCAACAUGUCUGUAUUUUGUUUUAAUGGACAAUCUGACUGGAAAUGUAGCAUGAUGAAAUGAAUCGGUCAAAUCACCUGUGUGUCAGUCAGUCAUAUAGCUCAUAUCAUCAUCAUCAUCAUCACAUCUGGAUGAAGUUUCCUGAAAUCAUCACAGCUGCAGUCAGUAUCCUUGUGAUCCUUUUCUCUGACUUUUCUGCAGUAUUUCUGUGUUUUUUAAUCUCUUUAGAAAAUGUCUGUAUUUGAGAUUUUUUUUAUUAACGUUGUAUAAAAACAUCUACACAAAAUUGUAGCAAAUCUGUGACCAUCCAUGUCCGUGUCCACUUCACUCAAAAGGUACAAAGUACGAACCCUCAUGUUCACUCUGGUGAUUUUAUUUAUCUAGUAUAUGUAUAAACACAUACGAAGUCGACAGGUUUCGGGUUCUCCGCACUUACUGUCCGUUAUUUAUAUUAUUUUGUUAGGUUAAUAUUACUGGUCACUCUGUAGGUGUAAAAGGACUGAGUAGACCUGAUGAAGUGGUAAUUCAGUGUUUAUACAGUCUGUAUGCCGUAUAUCUACCACUUGUCGGUUCAAAAGCUGUAGGCCGUCUUCACACAGAGAGCGGCUUUCACACCAACCACCAGCCAAUCAUGGGCUAGACAAUAUUUUACCAUGCGACUCACUGUGUUGUCCAGUUCCCGAGGUCAGACUCCAGGUUGUGAGGCAGUUUGUCUUUUAAAAAAUAAAAAGAAUCUUAUUCCAGUCCUGUUUCCUUUAAUAGUGUAGAAAAAUCUCACUGAUGGUUUUCUGAAGAGGAAAAUUUUGAGCUGGGAUUUAAGGGUGGCUCAAAUGGUUAAGGCUCUGGGUCGUUGACCAGAAGAAGACCCUUCAUCACCAAGCUGCCAUCGUUGGGCCCUUGAGUAAGGCCCUCAAACCCCCCCUUCUCUAGAGGCACUGUAUCAUGGCUGACCCUGCGCUCUGACCCCAACCCUUAAGGACGGUAUAUGCGAAGAAAGAAUUUCACUGUGCUGUAAUGUACAUGUGACAAAGUUAACUAAAUUAAAAGAGUGAUGUGAUAAAACAUGAGUCCAGACGGUCGCACGAUUCUGCAUAACUGCUACACGCUCCAAGCCGGUCAGAGCACAUCCCGGUCCACCCUCCUGACCGAUGGGAAGUGUGCUCGGUGGGGUGACCGUGUGAGUUUAAAAAAAAAAAACCAAACAAAACCCCUCCCCAUACCCAUCUUCUCGUUUAUUCUACCUGUUGAUCACAGCUAGGUUGUGUUUUGUAUAAUGAGGGAAAAAGAUUAAGGAGAAGAAAAAGAAAAAAAAACACCUUUGAUUUUUUUAUACAUAUGUAUAUGAAUAUAAAACUGUAUACAGCUUACAUAUACUACAAAAAUGUCUCUUUCACAUCAGUACAAUAAAGAAGCAAUGCAUUUCUGGA